UUUUGACGUGUCGUGAAGUAGACUACAGAACAUGCGAAUGCAUGGAUAGAUUGUUUGGAAAGUGAUAUAUCAAGUUAAGCAUAGGCCUAUUUGGGAUAUUGAAUCGAUCGUUACGUAUUCAGCAAGGAGAAGUGACAUUACACAACAAUGUCUAAAGCAUGGCAGGAACGCUAUGACGUUGAGUACGACACCUUGAUGAAUGAGACGCUGGUGACGGCAGACGACAUGGCCGAGGAGGAGAAGAGGAGGAAGCAGACGACACGAGUUGUGGAGAAGAUGAAGAAAAGGAAGGAUAGAUUCGAACUUUGGCAGCAAACUAUACAAUCUCGACGCGAGGAACUGACAAAGCGAUGGAGUGACUUGGAAGCACGGCGAAAGGCGGCGCUGCUAGGUGGCGUCACCCAAGAAGUUGCAGGUGUUACGCCUCGACCAACAGAGGACAUGACAGCACCUCUUGAAUCAUAUGAGGCGGCCUCUGCUGAAACUGUUGAGGUUUCUUGAGAAUUUAUCGUUUAUUGCGAGACAAAACACUGUAAUGGGUUGUAUCAAACAGAGUUGACUUGGUGGCUGGAUAGCAUUGAAGUUUUACUGAACCUCGCCCAGAGGCUGAGCAGACAGUAUUCACGCGGUGUGUUGACAAUCCCUUGGCACAGCAG